AUGGCAGAGUAUGCAGAUGACAAACCUGGUCCGGCGGACUCCUUCGAUCGCAGUGACGAGCGCAGGCAAUCCGAAGAAUGGCUCGGCCUGUUGGACGAGCACGAUGUCAAGAAUCCGCUGGAAACUCACAGUGACCCGUCGCACAUCAAAGGCUUACUGCCGAGGGGAACAGAUGCGAGAACGAUUGCAUGGAGCGAAGCUGUCAUUAUUGCGCGCAGCACGCGCACGAUAGCCAUCACACAGCUGCUCGAGUGGAGCUUGUACAGCAUCAAUCUGUUCAUGUUGGGUCACUUGGGGACGAAAUACUUGGCUGCAGCCACGCUCAGCAACACAACCUUCAAUUUCUUGGCAAUGUCCAUCAUGAUCGGCUUCUGUGGUGCCCUAGAUUCACUGUGCACUCAUUCCUGGUCUGCAAAGCCAAAGGAAACGAGUCUGCACGCUCAACGGAUGGCUUUCCUUCUGCUCUGCAUGGCAGUCGUCCAAUGUACCUUCUUGUCUGUGGCUGCCGAACACAUUUUCCGACUGCUGCGACAAGGCGAGGAGACCUCGCGUCUUGCAGCCCGAUACCUACGCGUGCAAUGCUUCGGCCUCAUCCCGCUCGUGGGCUUUGAGACCCUGCGACGCUAUCUGCAGAGCAUGAAUGUCAUGAAAGCACCUGCGACUGUGAUUGCGUGCGUUGUGCCCUUCAACAUCGGACUUGCCGCCCUUCUGGUCUUUGGACCCGCCUCCGUCAAUCUGGGCUUCCUCGGCGGACCCGUUGCUUUCUUAAUCAGCAGCACCUUGCUUUUCGCUCUACUGGCUACAUACACAUACUUAUACGUGCCUCGCGAUGGCCAUGCAGGCUUCACGACCAAGGCGUUCACCAACCUGGGUCAGAUCAUCAGGCUUGGUCUCUUUUCGACAGCUCAGCUCAUUUCGGAGUGGUAUGCUUGGGAAUGUCUGAUCCUCAUGUCAGCUCUUAUAGGCGACACUAGCUAUCUGGCAGCCAUGAGCGUUUGUCUCAAUACCGCUUCAUUGCUGUAUCAGUCGGCAAUGGCGGUCAACAUCUCCGCUGCCGUUCGUGUCGGCAAUCUGCUAGGCUGCAACAGACCAGAUCUUGCGAGGCUCUCAGCACGGACAAGCAUUGCACUGUCUGCUUGUAUUGGCCUCAUCAGUGCCGUCAUACUGGCAGCGAACAAGAGUUGGUGGGGCAAGGUCUUUGAUGACGAUCCUGUCGUCGUCGCCAUCGUCGCCGAAGCAUUGCCUGUCGUUGCCGUCUUUGUCACGCUGGACUGCUUGACUGGUGUCACGAAUGGAAUUCUCAGGGGAGCAGCAUUGCCUCAUCUAGGCGCCUACCUCAAUAUGACUUGCUUGCUAGGCGGUGCAGUCCCGCUCGCCGCGCUGCUGUGCUUCAAAGCCGACCUAAAAGUGACGGGACUAUGUGCAGGCAUGGCGAUCGCAUUGACGCUAAGCAGCUCCGGCGGAAUUUUCAUCGUGAGCAGAAUACGAUGGGAGGAGAGAGUCAAUGUUGUUGCCAAGCAAGAAUCAGCGGCUCUGUAUCAGCUCUUAGAUGUAGAAGACGUCACUGCAAUGCAUGUCGCUUGA